AUGGAGUUGCCGAGGCAUCGGCUGCUGGCGGUCAGCGAGGGGCUGGACGCGGUUGGGCUGGCGGCUCUGAAGUUCCUCAGCCUGGAGCACGUCCCCAUGAGGAAGCUGGAAGCCAUCCAGAAUGCGCAGGACUUCUUCGAAGCGCUGCACGAGAAAGGGAUGGUCGAGGCGGGGAACCUGUCCUUCCUGAAGGAGCUGCUCUACCGGAUCGGUCGGAUCGACCUCCUGAAAGACCAUCUGGGCUCCAGCCGAGAGGAGAUGGAGAGAGCGCUUCGGAUCCCGGGCAGGGCACAGGUGUCGCCCUACAGAUACCUGCUCUUUCAGCUGUCAGAAGACACCACUGAAGAUGAGCUGAACUCUUUCAAAUUUCUUUUGGGGAAAGAAUUACCAAAAUGCAAGCUAAACCCUAAGACUACAAUGCUCGACGUUUUCAUUGAGAUGGAGAAGAAGGGGAUUUUGGGAGAAGACAACCUAAGUAUCCUGAAGCGAGUCUGUGCAGAAAUUAACAUCAGCCUCUUGAAGAGAAUUGAAGACUAUGAAUUUAACCUAUUUGGUGAAGAAGAGAUGAUGAUCACAGAGGAACAGGGGGGCAGCAUAGGAAGCCCUGAAGCCCAUGACAGAUGGACAGCAUCAUCUGUGGCACCCAAUUCUCCUGGCAGCUGGAAUGAGUCUUCCCAGCAGCUUGAAGCUUACAAAAUGACAAGCCGACCCUGCGGAGUGUGCCUGAUCCUGAAUAAUCACAGCUUUGCAAAAGCCAGGGAAAUGGUGCCGGAACUCAAAAACAUGAAGGAUCGGAAUGGGACAGACGUGGAUGCAGCGGCUCUGAGAAGAGUUUUUAGCAAGCUUCAUUUUACAAUAGCAGAACAUAGAAACCUCACUGCAGAGGAAAUCCGUAAGACUGUGAACAUCUACCAGUGCGAAGACCACAAGGACAAAGACUGUUUUGUUUGCUGUAUCCUGUCUCAUGGGAAAAAAGGCAUCAUAUAUGGUGUUGAUGGGCAGGAAGUACCUAUCCGGGAGCUGACCACUUCUUUCACUGGACAGAAUUGCCACUCACUUGCUGGAAAACCAAAAGUCUUUUUUGUUCAGGCCUGCCAAGGUGAUGCUUGCCAGAAAGGUGUGACCAUUGAAACAGAUUCUGGGGAGCAAGAUUCUUCUGUAGAAACAGAUGCAAGAUUUCAGCCUGAAUGCAUCCCUGCAGAGGCAGACUUCCUCUUGGGCAUGGCUACCCUGCAAGAUUACGUUUCCUACAGAAGCCCAAGGCAGGGGACCUGGUACAUACAGGCGUUGUGCCAACACUUGGAGUCCAGCUGUCCUCGGGGAGAAGAUAUUCUCACCAUUCUGACAGCAGUGAAUCAAGAGGUGAGCAGAAAGAGCUGCAAGCUGAAUGCAGAAAAGCAGAUGCCACAGCCCAGUUUCACACUGAGGAAGAAGCUCAUCUUUCCUGUCAACUAAAUGGGAG